UAUAUAUAUAUAUAUAUAUAUGUAGGUGUGGGUCCAGCUCGCUCGUUCUUCCGUCUCCUCUCGCUCGCCCACCUCACUGCGUUUAAAUAGGGAGGAGAGCACACACACACACACGUCAAUUAUUUCCAGCUGAUUGCAAAUGCUCCCACCUGGCACUGUCCCCGAGCCACUCCUUAGAAAGAAAAAAAUACAGUAAAAAAUAUAUACAUCUUGUUGUCUUUAACUGAUGUCACGUUGUGUUACCGCGUCAUGUCAGUGACAGUUUGACACCUUCACAGAGGGACAACAUCAAAAUCAAUGACAACGUGCUACACACUGCCCACGAGUCAGGUGUGACCAAAGUCGUGUCCUGCUUGUCCAGUUGUAUCUUCCCUGACAAAACCACGUACCCCAUCGACGAGACCAUGAUGCACAAUGGAUCACCUCAUGACUCCAACUUUGGAUACUCGCACGCAAAGCGGAUGAUUGAUGUUCAGAACCGGGCAAACUCUCAGCAGUACGGUCAUUGCUACACGGCGGUCAUCCCAACCAAUGUUUUUGGUCCACAUGACAACUUCAACAUAGAAAAUGGUCAUGUGCUGUCGGCACUCAUCAACAAGAUGUACAAGGCCAAAAAGGAAGGAACUCCAUUGACGGUCUGUGGCUCUGGAGCUCCUAAAAGGCAGUUUGUCUACUCCCUGGAUUUGGCUCGUCUAAUCAUUUGGGUCCUGAGAGAAUAUGAAGAAGUUGCCCCCAUUAUCCUCUCUGUGGGUGAGGAGGAUGAAAUCUCAAUCAAAGAAGCUGUGGACAUGAUCACAAAGGCUGUCGACUUCAAAGGAGAAAUAAAUUUUGACACCACCAUGUCAGACGGCCAGAUGAAGAAAACCGCCAGCAAUGCCAAGCUGAGGCGCCUCCUGCCCGACUUCUCCUUCACACCCCUCAAUGAAGCUAUAAAGAUGACAUGCAACUGGUUCGAGACCAACUACAAGAAUGCCCGAACAUGAAGUGACCCACCCACCAUUGGCAGCAUUCUUUGGUUCUGGUGUGAUGCAAGUUGUCAUGACUGUCUCAUAUUAUUACAUUCAGUGCCACAUUUAACAUGGAUGAACACAUUCUCUAGUGUAGUGAAGCCUGUUCAAAUCCAAUCGCUAAGGGGUGUUACAACAGUGAUCGCAGAUCAACCCAAACAGUCAACUACCAGGACCUGAGUAUGCAAAUAAGGGAUAGUUAUGGAAAAGAACAAACAAAUGCCUGCACACUGACCUUCCCUCCUCCUAUAGUGGAUGCACAGUGGCUGAAAACAUACUCAGCAAACCUCCAAAGCAACCUGAACAAAUUUGGAAGCCCUUGCGGAUGCAGUCUUACAUUAUAGCUGGAAGAAAAGAUCUGUUUGAAAAACUAUAUUUGUACAUAAACACAUUCACUAGUGUCCUGGAGCCUCUUCAUUUCUAAUCUCUAAGGGGUUUUACAUAAUGGUGAUCGUACCUCCAGAACAAAUUGACUUAGUUUGCUCCUUGAAGAUGCUAUCUUACAUUAUAGAGGGAAAUAAAUGAUCUGUUAAUAAAACCUUACUUCGUAUUUAUAGAUUACCGAUUAAGAUUUUAGAUCCUUUUUUAGUUCCGUUCAUGAAGCAUAAUUAUUAAUAAGCUGUUGCUGUAUUCAUACGAGACUAUACAAUAAAAUGUGAAUGAGGAACAGAAUACAGAGAGCGAACCCUUUUAUUUGAAAAUCUUACAGAAAACUAAACAAAAACUUUCCCAAUCCUCAAGUUUCAUGUUAAACUGUUCACACUUUGAGGGAAAACUAGAAAUUCACUUAAUGUUCUACGAUCUGAUGGGAGAUUUCAGGGAAUGAAAAAAAAGUUUGGGAUGCUUAAUACUUAGCAGAAACAAAUAUUUUUUGUUGCUAAAUCAGCAUUGACUGAUGCGUUGGCGUGUCACAACAGCAUAUAGACCGUGGCGUUCUCUCCCUCCUCGCCUCCCCCGUCUCUCCACACCUCUCGGCUUCAUUGCUUAUUCAGUGAGGUAGAAGUGCAUUUUGUCGUUGACAUUCUUGCGCUCCGGAUUGAGGCGCUUCAGGAUCUGC